CACAUCUGCGCUUACACGUCGCCAGGUACUCUUGCAGAAUUGAAAUCACCCACUACGAGCGGGCAGUAUUCGUUAGCAAUAAGCACGAGCAGCACAACAAUGCGCUGGUUGAUGGUGCCGCUGGUGGUGCUGUGUUGGUGGAACAGGACCGCGAUGGUCGAUGGCGUGGACAACCGCAUUGAUGACGUCACGGACGUCGGGAGCAAGUGCAGCCUUGUAACUCUGCCUUACUCAGUACCUCCGUGCGAAGUCGCUGUAGCGUACAGAGGGGAGUUCCCUGCGUGGCUGCGCAGCCGAGACCUCACCGGCGACAUCUUCGCCCUCCCGUACGAGGAUCUCAAGCGGGCGGCUCAGGAGCAAAUCUGCCCAUGCCACUGGCUGGGAGUGUCGCCGCUCUGCCCGACUACGGUGAAGAGAGCAUUUGGCCGCAUCGUGCAGCUCUGCACCAACAACAUUGAACUCCUCAGCUUCCCUCGAUGGCUGUGAGGGGUCGUGCAAAAUUCCUUCUUCAACUUAAUAAGUAGAAGAAUUCAUACUACUCAAAAUUUUUUCUUCUACUUCUACGCGUUUUAGUAACUCUUUAUCCGAGUUUCACAAUUUAUCAUGCACCAAUAAGAAUGUUUUCUUCUGAGUAUUGAUACCUAUUGCUUGAUUAAUAAAUUAAAACACACCUGCAA